AUGUGCGGUCAACUCACUCGAGAGUCAUGAGCCUUAGGGUGAUGUCAGACCAGUGUGAUGGACGUCAUAACUUUGAUCCUGUCUCUGGUUAUCGUGGCUAUUUCAGCGCAUAUUUUAUUUGGGGGAAAUUAUACAAAUGCUCCACCAUGCAUAAAAGGAUGGAUCCCCUGGUUUGGUGCGGCAUUCGAGUUUGGGAAAUCUCCUCUGACUUUCAUCUCUCAAGCCAGAGAUAAGUAUGGACCUGUCUUCACUGUUGUCGCAGCUGGCAAGCGAUUGACCUUUGUGACCCUUCAUGAAGACUUCAACACAUUUUUCAUGUCCAAAGAUGUGGAUUUUGAGCAGGCAGUCCAAGAGCCUGUCCAUAAUACAGCUUCCAUCAGCAAGGAGAGUUUCUAUAAGUUCCACCCAGCAUGCAACACUCUGAUCAAGGGCCGUCUGACCCCAGGCAACGUGGCCCAGCUGACUGACCACUUGUGUGAGGAGUUCAACGACCACCUGGAGACGCUGGGGGACCAGGGCUCCGGGGGACUCAAUGAGCUGGUCAGGGCCGUAAUGUACCCUGCUGUGAUGAGUAACCUACUGGGGAAGUGUAACUCUCCAGGCAGUCCCUUUACCAUGGAGCAGUUCAAGGAGAAGUUUGCCAUCUACGACGAGGGCUUUGAGUACGGCUCCCAGCUACCAGACAUGUUCCUCAGGGAAUGGGCCAGUUCCAAACGCUGGCUUCUGUCCCUAUUGGGGAACAUGGUGGUCAAAGCAGAGAAUGAUGAGACAUCCAGUGAAACAGGCAACAGGACAUUACUGCAACACCUUGUCACGUUAAUCACAGAUAAAUUCCUGCCCAACUAUGGAUUACUGAUGUUAUGGGCAUCGCUUGCCAACGCAAUUCCAAUUACCUUCUGGGCUGUAGCCUUCAUCUUGUCCAAUCCCACGGUUUACCAGACAGCCAUGGAGCAGAUCAAUGCAGCAUUCAAAGAACAAGACACCAGGAAGACCAGGGUGACCGCUGAAGAGCUGCAACAGAUGCCCUAUGUGAAGUGGUGCAUCCUGGAAGCCAUCCGGCUUCGGGCCCCUGGAGCCAUCACACGCAGGGUGGUCCGACCCCUCAGGAUACAGAACUACAUCAUUCCACCAGGGGACUUGUUAAUGGUGUCUCCUUACUGGGCCCAUCGGAACCCACAGUACUUCCCUGAACCAGAGGAGUUCAAACCUGAACGAUGGGAGAAGGCAAAUUUAGUAAAGAAUGUCUUCUUGGAAGGGUUUGUGGCAUUUGGAGGAGGCCGAAACCAGUGCCCAGGAAGGUGGUAUGCCAUAAUGGAACUCCACAUGUUUGUUGCCUUGAUUCUCUUCAAAUAUGAUUUCACUUUCAUGGACCCGUUGCCUAAACCUAGCAAUCUCCAUCUGGUAGGGACCCAGCAGCCUGAGACCCCCUGCACAGUGCAGUACAGACACCGGUAGAGCUGCCCUGCCCUGCCACACAAGGGCACUGUGCUCUACAAUCCUGCCCAAACACCUGCUAAAAAGAAAACAGAGAAGUUGAUGGUUUUAUCAAUGGAGCUACUUUCAGGAAGUUAUUUAUUUUAAAAAGAGCUUAGUAAAAAAAGUUAUAAUAUUUUAAAGCACUUAUCUAGCACUUAUAUAAUGAUACUACUUCUGAAAAGGCAGGAGAUGGUGGUACCAUCUUCAAAUGAUGUAAUAAUUUCCCUUUUUAUUAUUUUCACCCCACCAAGAGUGUUUCUAACCCCACAUGUUCCCUUCCUGCCCAGUCCAACACCUGAUUAUAUAUUUGUACAGACAUUGAUCAGUAUUUUGUGAUGUAAUAGAAUAUAAGAGUAUCUGUAUUAUCCGAUAGAUUCUGACCCACACAGAAAAUAUUCACUGCACAUGGCAUCAGUAUGAAACCUCUAUUGUCUUUAUGCACUGUGUUAUUACUAUGUACUGACCAUCUUAUCUAUGGCAUCAUCAUAUGGCAUCAUACCUCACUUUAUGAAUACAGUCCGCGGUUGCUUUGCCUCAAUAUAGGCCUACUAUAACUGGGUUGUCUUAAUAAAGGGUUAAAUAAAAUAAAUAAAGACAGUGAUAUUUUUACACCAUA